AUGAACGCCUCUUCAUUGUUGCCGUCUCCCCACACAACUGUGGCCGUUGCCUCUCCGAUAGCCUCAGUGGCCUCGGCUGAUACGGCAACCGGUGCUGCAGCCUCCCCUACCGUGCCAGUUCUCCAGCAUGGUGUCUCAAGGAAGCGCCACCGCGUGCGGGUCAACUACUUCCUGGUCGGUGAUUUGGUGUGGGUGCGUCCUGCGAAGCUGCCGUACUGGCCGGCAGAGGUCAUUGAUUGCGAUGAGGCAGCGAACCGCGUACGGGCCCGCUUGAUUGUACCGCCUCCUGCGGCCGUGCUCGCGGCAAAUCUUGCAGAGGAGCAGCGGAAGCACCAGGAGCAGCGGAAGCGCGAGGAGAUGCGGGCCAUCAAGAUGUACAAGAGGGGAAGCAAGCCAGCACCUCCGACUGCGACAGGAAACGAGGCGUUGAGCGCCCACGGUCAGCCAGCAGCGUGUACACGUGGAGUGAAUAGUGACACGCGGUCUACCAGCUGCGGCGCCGCUGCAUUGCUGCCUGAGCCGCAAUCAGAUGUGGUCACAGCCAGUGGGCAGGUGGUGUACUUCUUUGACAAAUUACGCACAACGGAGGAGCUGGACGUCUGCUUGGAGAGUCGUCUGCAACGCAGCACGCACGACGUAGCCCUUUAUGAGAGCGCCUUCACUCAAGCUGUCCUGCAGGCAAACCGGCUCACCCGCAUUUCUCUCAGCCCGGAGAAGCUGCAACCCUACGAGGUGUGCGCCGUGGGUAUUGUACACAGCCUGAUGCGGGCUCAAAUAGAGGCACCUCGCCAGCCGAACACGGGGACGUUCGAGCCGCAAACAGGGCUUAUUCGCCUCCGCACUGGGUUGGAGAACGCUGCGCGGGACUUGGCAGGCUUUGAGUUUAUCUGGGUACUCUUCCAGUUCUCAUUUGCUGCCCCGAUGGCCUCUGGGGAGGGUCAAGAGAUGGUACGCAAGUUUCGUGAAGCCAGGGAAGCCGGUGCAUCGCCUGACGCGGGCCCUGUGUCACCGGCGCCGGUUUCAGCUUCCGAUACGACACCAAAGACAGAGCCAACGGCGGAUGGGGACGGCAAUGUUUGCUGUUACGGCGACGCCGAGGCGCUGAUGACAUCGACGCUCUCCUUUUUUCGUCAAAGACAGGGAUUUGAUAGAGCUGCCGGGUUCAAGACGAUGAUCAUUCCUCCGCGUGAUGAGGAGUGGCGCGGUGUCUUCGCCACGCGUAGUCCGCACCGGCCCAACUUCAUUGGCCUCUCGUGUGUGCGCCUCGUGGCCGUGCAUGGCCUGAACAUCCACAUCGCCGACCACGAUUUACUGCACGGUACGCCGGUGCUCGACAUCAAGCCGUACUUGCCCUUCUGCGACGCCCACCCAAACGCGCGUGCGGGGUGGGUCGAUGCCCUGGACGCCAGUGGCAACGGGAAGGGUGAUCACAAGUACGAUAGGCAGGCAAAGCAGGUCCAUCGAGCGACGCUCGAGUGA